AUGACCCCAAUACUGCGUGCUGAGAUGCUGCAGCCGAGUGAACUACAGGCUUUGUUUGGGGAGGAGAAGGAUUAUUCAUGCUCUUUGACUGAUAUUGUUCACCACACCGAGUGUGAGCAGCAGUCUGACUGUGAGAAUGCAACGCAGGGUAUGUGUGACUUUAGUACUCUCUCUGAUCCCGACUGUGGCCAGUCAUGUGCAGGCCCUCAUCUGCAGAGACAAAUCUUGUCCAACCAGGAAUACUACACAAAACGCGAUGAACUCAAGAGAGAACACAUAAGAAACAUAGCUGGACUGGAAAAACUGUAUCUGAACCAGCUCGCACCUGGCCUGAAGGAAAGACAGUUUGUUUCCAGUCGAAAAGAGAGACAGCUGAGCAAUAGCAAAGAACAUGAGGAAGAAACAGAGAGUGAGCAGCUGGAACUCAUGCAGGUUGGCAGCAAGGUGUCAGCAACCUGUCAGAAGAGCUGCAUCUCAAAUCUGAAUUUAAAGAGUCGGCAGAACUCAUUUGAGGAGCUAAGGAAGUCGUGCCGUUCUCAACACAACUCAUCUUACAAUGUAUCCAAUCAGGUGAAGGAGAGCACGCACGAGGCACCCGACGGCCUAAGACAAAACUCUAAAAUAACCAUUCCCAAACCAUUUCACAUGAUGCUUCGGGAGGAGGAACGUAAACGCCGCAAUCUGAAAACUCGCUCUGAGAUGGAGCUAGAAAAUGAGAGGUUGAAGAAAGAGCUGGAUGAGCUGAAAGAAUGCGGCAAGAGGUUUCGAGCUAAGCCGGCCCCCACCUCCACUCACAUGCCUCUCUAUGACAUCAUUGGAAAACGCCUGAAUAAGCACCAGCGGCAACAGAAUCAAAGCGAUCUGAACGAUCAAGGUCACCACCAACGAGGUAACCAACACCGCGCCCCUGCCAUUCCCCAAAAACCAUUUAGCUUUAUAGAAAGAGAGCGAAAGAAAAGAGAGAAAAAACUUGCAGAUAAAAUAAACAACCUGACAGCCAAAGAAGAACGGAAGGUGUUCAAGGCCAAACCGGUGCCGAAAUAUCUAUAUAGGACCAGCUCACCAAGCUACCAGAUGUGCGGGGCAGACAAUUUGCACACAAGAGAGCAACAUAUUCGUAAAUGCUCAUUACUGCCCCCUAACAUCCUGGAGGACACGCAGCACGAGGGAGAAGAGGCGGAGAUCAAGUAUGCCAAAGAAUUUUCCAGCAGUAGCUUUUGGAAAUGGAAGACCAAGGGUAUACUGCAGGCCGAGGAAGAAAUGGAGAGAAAGAGGAACAGAGAGAGAGAUUGGUCCUAUAUUCAUCCACUACGUAGGGCCAGCUUUUGUCCCAGCCAAGAGCUUUCACACACCUGCAAAAACGACUACAUCAGUGUUUAAGGGUGGUCAGUGAUAAAUUAAAC